AGUGGAGACCAGGAGGUGACCUCUGUGCCCUUAGGGUCAUGCGGGCAGCCGAGGAGACAACGUCCAACAACGUCUUCCCCUUCAAGAUUAUCCACAUCAGCAAGAAGCACCGAACGUGGUUCUUCUCUGCCUCCUCGGAGGACGAGCGAAAGAGCUGGAUGGCCUUGCUGCGCCGGGAGAUCGGCCAAUUCCAUGGGAAGAAGGAGCUGCCUGUGGACACUAGCGACUCCAGCUCGGACACAGACAGCUUCUACGGUGCAGUGGAGCGGCCCGUGGACAUUGGCCUUGCCCCGUUCCCCACGGACAAUGAAGACUACGAGCACGAGGACGAGGAUGACGACUCAUACCUGGAACCAGACUGCCCGGAGCCUGUGAAGUCGGAAGACUCCCUCACUCACCCGCCGGCCUACCCACCACCCCCCGUGCCCACCACCCGGAAACCUGCCUUAUCUGACCUGCCCCGAGCUCACUCCUUCAACGCCAAGGGCCCGGCCCCGCUGCUACCGCCCCCGCCCCCAAAGCGUGGCCUCUCUGCCACCAGUGGGCCCAUGGAGGACACCAAGAGGGACCCGCUGGGCCUGAGGUGGGCCGAGUCUGGCCCCAGGGUACCUGCCACGCCCCGGAGGAUGAGUGACCCUCCACUCAGCAACCUGCCCACUGGGCCCAGCCUGUGGAAACCCCCAUGCUUCCGAGAGGGCGCCAGCCCCAGCCUAGAGCCGUGGACACUAGGCCAUGGGGCCAGCGCUACCCCCAGCUGUGCCAGCACAGCCUCUGCCACUUCCAGGAACUGUGACAAGCUCAAAUCCUUCCACCUGUCCCCUCGGGGGCCACCCACAUCCGAGCCCCCGCCCGUGCCAGCCAACAAACCCAAGUUCCCAAAGAUAGCGGAAGAGGGCCCCCAGCGGGAGGCAGCCAGGCUCUCCGCACCCCCUGUGGCUCCCAGGCCUCCCGUGCUGAAGCUGCCCCUGCCCGACGCCGCCUCUCGGCCUGCCGCCUCUCGGCCUGCGGUGCUGCCCCGUCUGGAGAAGCCGCCUCUGCCCCACCUCCAGCGGUCGCCCCCUGAUGGGCAGAGUUUCAGGAGUUUCUCCUUUGAAAAACCACGGCAACCCUCGCAAGCUGACCCCAACGAGGAGGACUCGGACGAGGACUACGAGAAGGUGCCACUGCCCAGCUCGAUCUUCAUCAACACCACGGAGUCCUGCGAAGUGGAGAGGCUGUUCAAAGCCACCAGUGCCCGGGGAGAGCCCCAGGAUGGGCUCUACUGCAUCCGGAACUCCUCCACGAAGUCGGGCAAGGUGCUGGUGGUGUGGGACGAGUCCUCUGACAAAGUGAGGAACUACCGCAUCUUUGAGAAGGACUCUAAGUUCUACCUGGAGAGCGAGGUCCUGUUCGCUAGCGUGGGCAGCAUGGUGGAGCAUUACCACACCCACUCGCUGCCCAGCCACCAGAGCCUGCGGCUGCGGCACCCCUACGGCUACACUGGGCCCAGGUGAUACCUUGGCGUGCUCCUGGGCAGAAGCAGCCACAGGACACAGGCCCAGCCUCGCUGGUGGAGACGCCUGCAGGGGAGGCGAGGAGGGAGGUGCCUGACGCUGCCCCAGAUGCCUGUGGACCCUGGCAGGGGCCUCCCAGCGGGCCGGCUCUAGCUCCAGAGGACUAGUCAGCUCCCGGACCUGGUCAUUCCCUCCUGCUGCACCUCCAGAACCCUGGGGCUCAGGACAGAGCCCUGCCUGGCUUUCACGACAGGAUGUGUGCCACGCCGCAGUGGGCUGGGGGCCAACAGGCUGGAACAGUGUGGGGCUGGGGCUGGCCCUGGGACCCCAGGGAAGUGAGACCAGGCUCCGGGUGGGGCUGGAGCUCCUAAUAAAUCCAAGACGUCCUUCGCCCCUCCCUUGGUUUGAUGGGAAGGAAGGAGGGGCUGGUUCUCUGAUGUUUUAGUGGGGCCUGCUGGCAGCAUGGGAGGCCGAUUUCCUCCGACUGCCUGGAGAAAGCGGGUGGUGAGGGCUAAAGAGAGUAGGCAGAGACUGUGUUUCAGAGUACUGGGGGACCGGGAGUCAGCGCCUCCGAGCGGGCAGAGACAAGGGCUCUCCGAGCUGGCCGCUAUUUAUUGGGUGCACACAGCAAUCGGAGGGAGCCCCAGUUGACUUGGGCAGUGGUGAUCCUAUGUUGGUGAGGACCCUGUGUUGGUGAGGGUGGAAAGGGGGGCGUUCUUACACCAUCAGAGCUGAUGCUCUUGCUCUUAAACUUCACAGCAUUGAGGCCUCGGCUGUGACCAGUGUCCACACGCCACAGGCCCGCGGGCAAGGUGACAUGAGGCCUUAGCUGUGGUCAUACUUCAAUCACAAAAUGAUUUCCCCAAAGUGGCUCUCAACAUCAAGGGCCCGAAGAGGUGGUGCCCAUCUGCGGAGUCCCUCCUGGUGCCCAGACCCAGAGCAGGUCAGGGCCCAUGUGGCGGUUGGUUCAUGGCCCAUAAGGGUACCCUGGGGCCCGAGGCGGGGCCACGGCUGAAGGCCCCACCCCCGCACUCAUGGUUUGCUGCAGACCGCUAGUGCAAGUGCCUCCCUGCCUGGCCUGGCCUGGGCCCGCCAGGGUGGCUGUGAUGCCUCUGCCCCCAGCUCACGGUCAGGCUCAGCACCGCCGGGUGUACAGGGACCAGCUGGGACUUCAGGGGGAUGGGAGGCCCUGCGAUGGCCGGGUGGGUGGGGCUGGGGGCUCCAGAUCCGAGUCCUCUGGCUGACCCCAGCUCAGGCACAGCCCUGCCGUGGACUACCAGUGGGAAAGUGUGUGGCUGGCUGGGUCUGGCAAGGUAACAGGAUCAUCUACUCCUCACUCACUGUGGAGAAGGAGGAAGUUGUGAGGUGAAACCCACAUCCAUCCAGGCUCACUGUGGCCACCAGCCAGCAGCUGACUGCUGGGGCACAGCCCUGGGGCCGGUUUACUGGAGCACGGCGAGCAGAUGGGAGGACCCAUGCCCUGUGGGCACAGGGUGACGACAGGCCCUGAGGGUGUCACACCAGCUGCUUCCAGGAACAGUGCCCACCCCACCCCAUCUGUUUCCUCCUCAGCCUGCCCUGGAGAGGGGCCAGUGCACCACGGCGGAGGGGCACAGGAGCCCAGGGUGUUCAGCGAACCCUGGGAAAGCGGCUACUCUCUUGCCCAUGGUUGGGACUCCUUGCUCCGUCAUUACCUUUUGAGGACUUGGGGGGCACCACUGCACUGUGGCCACAGCUCCGCUCCUGGGGUGUUGAAAUAGGGAGCUAGGACAGCGCAGUGUGUGCUCAGUAGAGGCGGGGUGGAGCCCUGUCCAGAGCACUUUGUGCCUUGGCGGUGCUGGGCCGGACACUGGCUGUGCUCUGUCCUGCAGCCCAGCCCUGCUUCCCUUGCCGGCCCUGCUCCCGGGGCCUCAGUCUUCACUGUGACAGCUGCUGUGGGCAUGGCUGGCUGGCUCCACCUGGGCCACAGCUCUGGGGAACAAACCAGCUGCAGGAGGCCGAGGCCCUGCCCAGGCCUCUGGCUCCCCACCCUGGCUCUAUCAGGCUGUCUGAGGCCUGCAGGGGCUGAACCCAUCCUCACCUGAUGCCCACAGGCUGGUUUCAUCCAGGGCUUGGGGAAAGGGCCCUGUACUCCAGGCUGCUUCCCCAAAUUGAAGACAAGCCGUGGUCUUAUGUUUCCUACAGUUGAUCUGAAAGCGUGAAUUCUGUGCCUUUUGCAUUUUUGUU